ACCGCCUCAGAAGCGGAGGUAUCCUGGCUUGUGCGCAAUGCCAUCAUGUGGCGGGCACGGGUGGUAUCAUUCGCUGAAGAGCAUCCUCCCGCUCUUUGUUGGCUGGUGGGACUUCUGCAUUGUGGUGUUUGCUGCGUCGGUAGCUGCGAAAGACACCCGCAAGGAGACGCCGCCCCUCCUCGCUCGUGGAUACCCUGAUGACCGCAAGAAAGCUCCAAGGCCGGAUAGCCUGCGCGAGCGUCACCACCGCCCUAUAAACGGACCGAGUCCGCCCGGAGACUCUCCCCGACAUUCAGCCCGACAUCCAGCCUGCCCUGCCAUCCAGCCCGACCAUCUCGCCUCAACACCUGCCUAACAUGAUUGGAGACGACGACUUUGCUUCUGAGUGGGCCACCCCCCCUCCCUACUCCCCUCUU